UUUUUACCGAGAAAAAUGAGCGACGAUUCGCACAAUUUGUUUUACUACGCGAACGUAUGUCACGUUUGUAAAGCAUUUGGGGAAGAAUUGCCUUUAAAACGUUGUGGUAGUUGCAGGAUGAUAUCUUACUGUGGCAAAGAACAUCAAAAGCAACACUGGCCACAACACAAGGAUUUGUGCAAAGUUUUAUCGGAUAUGCUCGAGAAAGGGGAUACUUUGUGUCUUUUUGAGACACCGCAAAACAAUUGCCAAAAAAUCUGGACUCGGACCAAAAUCAAUCUGAUGUUACUCGUCCAAAUCAGAUUAGGGAGGCGUUUAGAAUCUUAUGAAGAACAAAUGUUUAAGUUUCCACGAGCCUGUACAAUUUGCCACGAUGGAAAAUCUGUGGCUUUAAAAGAUUGCGCUCAUUGUCCAAGUGCUACUUUUUGCCAAUUGCAUCGCGCCAAAGACACAAGGCACUCUAAACAGUGCAAAGCACUUAGAUUAUGCUUUGAUCUAGACGUUGCAGGAACGUUGUUUGAACGAAAGUCUCCUAGACACGUUGUUCCAUUUCAUACAGAAACUGCUUACCUUCCAAGCACAAUAUCAGAUUUCAUAGAUCUAUAUGUAAAUGAGAAUAAGUCACUACCAAUGUCGUCAAAAUGUCAAUUAGCAUAUAACUCAGAAUAUCUAACAAGACCUUUGACUAUUCUUCAUGCAAUUGAACGGCUGGAAUUUAAUGUGCAGUCUAAUAUGGUGAUGCAUGUAAUUGGGGCUAAUAUGGUUGAAGUCGAUGGACUGGAUGUUUGGGAGAUUUUAUUACACUGGCUUCCCACAUUGACCAUGUUAACAAUUGUUCUCAUUGGGCCGGAACUUAUGUGGGGUAGUGUCAAACCUAAUGUUUGUGAUUAUUGCAUGGCAAAGGGUAUGAGCGUUCGUGUCGAAUUGCGAAAUAUGCUCUACCAUGAUUAUGUGACCAGUCAAUGGUAUGAAAAGCCAGAUUUUUUGAUAGGAUAUAAUACUGGAAUUCACGAAUGUGUCGAACUCGGCUCAUCUAAAGACACCUGGACGUUGUCAGUUCAAACAACGGCUGAGCAAAAUUGUCCACUAGUUUUAACAUCAUAUACUUUGAGUGAAGCUAUUGAAGAGCACAAAAGACUUUGCAUUAUUUUGGGAGAUACUGCAACGUGUAUUUGUUGCGUCAGAAAUCCUUUCCAAAGCUUGAGACCUCACAGGGAUUUUGAAACGGAAGAAGUAUUUUAUCAGAAUCAGUAUAUAACAAUUUAUCAAGAACUAUGCCCUGCUAGUAUAUUCAAUGAUCUCAAAUUAACAUAAUAUAGCAAAAUUGGUACCCAGAAUCACGUUACUUAAAAUACACAUGAAAUUAUUCUGAAUGCAAUGCAUAAAUCAGAUGCGAUGGAUUGAUUUUAUUGAGUCUCUAAUCCAUUGCUGACCUUGCACAAUUUCAAUUGAUGAAUGUUCAGAGGUGGUUAAAUGAGGUGUACAAAUAACCAGUCAUUAUUAUACCAUUCCAUACCUCAUACCAAAUAGAUAGAAGAUAAUAUUUUACCUGAUAUUAAUGUUAAACGGAUGUCAAUGUUUGAUAUUAUCCCAAAUUGGGAUCAAUCGAUCGAUCGAUAAAAUCAAUUAGAUCCCACCAUGUUAAAUUCCGAGAUAGAUGUAACAUACAUUGCAUAAUAUAAAUGUAAGACUGAUACGUGAAGCGACAUUCCUUGGCCGCAAACAAUGAUUCAUAUUCCACGUUGUGUGUCUUAUACAAAUAUUUAAAGAAUUUUGACCCAAAUAUAAACUGAUCAAUUUAUAGAAAUCAUGUCGACCUGGUGUUAUAAUGAAAUGCACAAAGAUUUUACCAGAAACAUUGCAUAAUCAAUCAAGAUAUUCCUUUUUGAAUUUAUUUAGUGUAAGUUUGUUAAGUACCCUAAUCAUUGUCAUAUUAAAUACUGCACACAUUCGUAUAAUGUUUAAGUGUGAUAAAAAUGUAUGUAGGCGCCAAAACUCAAUAUAUUAGGUGGUGUUCCUAAGAGGAGGCAUAAUAUCGAUAGUAUGUAUUUUAACCCAUGUCUAGAAGUUGAAAGUACAAUCGGAUACAUCUAUAUGUAAUGAAAUUGAAGGCAAUGUUUGAAAUAUUAUACAUACCCUAAAUAUUUCAGUAUAUUUUAGAUGUCUUUCUGCUCUUAUAACUUGAUAAAACACAAACGUCUGAAGCGCGUAAGUACAUCAUGCAAAGGUAAUAUUGUAUCAUGUAAUAUAAACUGCAACAUUUUCAAGAACUGAAGAAUCGUAAAUGCAAUAGGCAAAACGUUCAUAUUACGAAAUUUAUGAGAAGUACAACAAUCACUGGUAUCAUGUGGACAUCACAAUUUUUAUAAUCGUUACUCUGAAUGGCUGUGAUUUUCAUCGCUGUUCAAUAAAUGAAUGAAUUUACAUCAAGUAUGAAA